AUGCCGCACGAGGCGAGAUUAUCUCAGCCUUCUUCUCAGGUUCCAAGCAACUUCUCGUACCAGUCACGUCUAGAGAUUGGACCGCGGCAGUUGGAAGCAGGAGAAAACUCAGAGCCUGACGAAAAGGAGAGAGAUUCUGGCGCCAACACUCCUUCAGAAUUGCUGCCAGCUAAAAAUGAGACCGCAGAGGGAACUGCGCAGCCUGAGCUUGGCUCCGAGCUCAUAGUAUGGUGGAAUGAGCCAGAAGAUCAGGACCCCGAAAAUCCUAUGAACUGGUCGUCAAGAAGAAAAUGGUUCAACAUUAUUACUAUCUCUGUAAUCAGCUUUCUCGUACCUCUUAUAUCGUCAAUGCUCUCACCAGCGGUGCAGCUGGUCAUGCAAGAGUUCAACACCACCUCGACCACAUUCGCGACCUUCGUGGUCUCGAUCUUCGUGUUGGGCUUUGCCUGCGGCCCGUUACUGCUUGCCCCAUUGAGUGAGCUUUACGGCCGCGUGCUCAUCUACAAUAUCACGAAUGUGCUAUUCCUGGCUUUUACUAUUGGCUGUGCACUCUCACAGAACGAAUCGAUGCUCCUGGCUUUCCGAUUCUUGUCUGGAUUUGCCGGUGUGGCUACGAUUACUAUAGGCUCAGGAACUAUCGCGGAUAUUAUGCCACGCGAGAAGAGAGGCAAGGCCGUCUCGAUCUGGUCCGUCGGCACCAUCCUUGGGCCGAUGGUUGGGCCCAUCAUUGGUGGUUCUGUGACAGAGAAAUAUGGCUGGAGAUGGAUGUUCUGGGUCAUCUCAAUGGUUGUCGGUGUUGUCACCAUCUUCACGUUUGUUGUUUUGAGAGAAACAUACCCAGUCGUGUUAUUGGAAAGGAAAGCAGCCAGGCUCAGAAAGCAAACAGGAAAUUCCAAUUACCGAUCAAAGCUCGCUCCUGAUAUCACUCCCAGAGAGCUUUUCAAACGGAGCAUUAUGCGACCUACGAAGAUGCUUUUCUGCUGUCCAAUAGUCACCGUCAUGUGCACAUACGUUGCCGUCCUCUACGGCAUACUGUACCUACUCUUUGCCACAUACUCAUUUGUUUUCAAGGAAGUAUACGGGUACUCGACGUUCGCGGCCGGCCUCGUAUUCCUUGCUGGUGGGAUCGGCACUUUGACUGGACUGUUGUACAUUGCAAAAUCCAGCGACAGAAACCUGAAGAAGCGCGCGGCCGCCGGGAAGAUGGUCACUCCCGAGGACCGACUACCCCUCAUCAUCACAGUUCCCGGGGCCCUGACGUUUCCCAUGGGGUUGUUUCUGUAUGGUUGGACUGUUGAAUACAAAGUCCACUGGAUCGUCCCUCAGAUUGGAACGGCAAUCACCGGAUUCGGGUCCAUACUCAUCUUUGUGGGCAUUCAGACAUACCUCAUCGAUGCGUUCGAGGGAUACGCUGCCAGCGUCGUCGGUGCCAAUGCUGUGUUAAGAGGCACUGCUGGAGCGCUCCUCCCGCUGAGUGGUUUGCAGUUAUAUGAUGCCCUUGGAUGGGGCUGGGGGAACAGCUUGUUGGGCUUUCUCACUCUGGCAUUUGCUCCUGUACCUUUGGUCAUCGGCUUUUAUGGGGCCAAGAUCCGGAACUCAAGGCGAAACCAAAUCCAGCUAUAA